AAUAAUACAAUAUAAAAAUUAUUUUUAAAAAAGCUUAAACAAACUAGUCCAUUAGAACUGGUUAUUAUUAUGAAUCAUCACUUGAGAUACUCAACGUUGAAAGUAGAAAUAUGGGAAUAAAAUUUAUAUCUUGGAUCUUCCUUCUUCAUCUACUAGUAAUACUACUGUGUUCUCAUGGCGACCAAGCGAGGGAAUUGGAUGAACAAACAGAAAAGAAAUCAUUGGAAAUUCAUCAUGAUAUUGAUCGAAGACUAAUGGUGUUCUUCACUUUGAAAGAUUUGAAAGUAGGAAAAAUAAUGCAAAUUUAUUUUCCAAAGAGAGACCCAUCAACUUCUCCUAAGUUAUGGCCCAAAGAAAAAGCUGAAUCACUUCCUUUUUCAUCAAACCAACUCUCAUAUCUUCUCAAAUUCUUCUCUUUCUCUCAAGGUUCACCUCAAGCCAUGGCAAUGGAAGACACCUUAAGACAAUGUGAGAGUAAACCCAUCAAAGGAGAGGUCAUAUUUUGUGCUACCUCUUUAGAAUCUAUGCUUGAAUUUACACAGCAUGUUGUUGGUUCAAAUUCUGAAGUCCAAGUUCUUACAACUUUUCACAAAACUAAGUCAAGUGUUACUUUCCAAAAUUACACUAUAGUAGAAAUUCUAAUGGAAAUUCUACCUCCCAAAACCAAAAUGGUGGCUUGUCACAGUUUGCCUUACCCUUAUGCUGUUUUUUAUUGUCAUAGCACAGAAAGUGAGAAGAAUAGGGUGUUUAGAGUUUCAUUGGUUGGUGAGAAUAAUGGAGAUAUCGUGGAAGCUAUGGCGGUUUGUCACUUGGAUACAUCACAAUGGGCACCUAAUCAUGUUUCAUUUCAAAUUCUUGGGGUUACACCAGGAAGCUCUUCUGUUUGUCACUUUUUCCCAGCUCAGGAUUUCAUCUGGAUACCUAAAUUCAAAACACAAGCUUCUUCUACCAUGUGAUUUCUAGUAGUAGUAGUACGGUAAUCCCUUCGGAUUCGGAUUCUAAAUAUAAGACAGAAUUUGGUCAGUCAGCGAAAAUUGAUGUAUCUGAUUCAAUCUAAAUACAUUAAAUUUUCUUGACCCUACGUUCUCUUAUAUUUAAAACCGGAGGAAGUACUACCAGUGUGCUUGUAAUUUGUGUUUAUGUGCAUCAAUGCUGCUAAAAUAAAUAAUUGUGUUUUGUGUUACAGAGGUAAGUACUAAUUAAGUACUAUGAAAUAAAGUUUUAUAAAAGUGUAAGUAAUAGUAAGAGCCUCUCCUUUGAUGAUUUUGUUGUAAUAUUGAAUCAUAUGAUGUUAUUAUGGUCUGCUUAUUCAAUACCUGAAACUUAGUUUUUAAA